CAUAUACCGUCCCUCGGAUAUGCAACACGAUCAUACUCGUAUCAUUGCAUUUAAGGAAGUAGUUCAAUUUCGGGAAGGGUGCGAUCUGCGGAAUUGGGCUAUCGUAAUUACUAAUCCAACCAAAUAGUUCAUAAUUCUCAAUAGGCCACUCCUGUGAAUACGUUUUUUGGAGUUGCCCUUACAACAUUUAUUGCGAUAGCUGGCUAGCUAGCGAUUUAUUUUGCAAACGUCACCAUGUCUGUGCCACUCGGCGCCCACGGCGUUUCUUCCUACAGAACAGUGAGCGUAUCUUCGGAAACCUUGCCGAUUAACACCGCGUCAACGGUCCAAUACACCACGAAUGAAGUCCCGACCUAUUCCAGCUACAGAACCGUGGGUGUCCCGGUGUCCCAGGUGUCUCCGGUGCAGUAUGGAGGCGCGGUGUCUCAGGUGCAGUAUGGAGGCGCGGUGAAUCAGGUGCAGUAUGGAGGCGCGGUGUCUCAGGUGCACUAUGGAGGCGCGGCGGACAGCAAUGUCGUCUACGGGACUAUGCGCUACCUGGUUCCCGUCGAGAGGAGAGUUAUGCCGGCAGAAUCCUAUAUGAUCGUCCAAAACAGUGCACCCCAAAUCGUGAGCCAAGCCGUAUCACCCGUUUAUCUGCGGAACUACAGUGUGAGCAGUCAGGAAGACCUGGAAAUUCGUCAGCGGACAGUUGUUGAUGGGAGUGUGAACGGGAAAACGUCUUCUGUGGUGAGCCAGGUGUCCAGCCCUGAGCCAGCUCCGCAGGAGGAGGAGGUGGAGGAGGAAGAGGAGGAAGAGGAGGUGGAGGAGGUGGUGGAGGAGGUGAUAAAGCGGGAGGUGGAGGAGGUGAUUGAGGUGCAGCCAGUGAUUAAGAAGGUGUCCCGUGUCACAGUGCGGAGCGAGGUCCCGCAGAUCGAACCCCAGGCCAAGCUCGACACGCGCUUCUUCGGCGAGCUCCUGGCGGACAUCUACCGCAAGAACUGCGACAUUCACACCUGCAUCUCCGACCACGUGUCCAAGAUCCGCGGACGGAAACACAGCUUUACCUCCAGUGACUUCACGGUGAGAAAAGACGAAGUUGAGGGUUUGAUCCCGAAGGGUCUGUCUGAACUGACCAAGCAGCAGAUCCGCUACCUGCUGCAGACCCGUAUGACGGCUGAUAGCACCAUGAGGCUCCUCCUUGCCACCUUCAGCAACCUGAGGGAGGAGCUAGCCCACCUGCAGGGAGACCUGAAGAGGCUGGAGAGUGAGAAGGAGGAGCUGGAGAGAGAUCUGAGCUUCAAGGCAGAUCAGGCCCAGCAGUACGACCGUCUGCUGACGUCCGUGCGCGAGAACAACCGCCAGCUGCAGGCUUCGCUGAAGGAGAGCAGCAACACACAGAGGACCCUGGAGACUCAGCUGGUCACCACCCGCACCUCAGAGUCCUCCCGCGACUUCCGCGUGAAGGACCUGGAGGGCCGCCUCAAAGCCAUGGAGAAGGAGAAGGACAUGCUGCUUCAAAAGCUGGCCGGACAGGGCAGCAGCAGCAGUUUGACCCUGCAGACUAAAACAGAGGAGCUGUCCAGGCAUUACAACCAGAUGCUGAGCUCCCUGAGGGAGGAGAAGGACAAGGAGCUGCAGCUUCUCAAGUCGCAGCUCCUGAGGGUGCAGACGGAGACCUCCUCGCAGUCAUCGAACGACCAGAGUCUGCAGCUGCGCAUCUCUGAGCUCCUCAGCAGCCUGGAGCAGCGGGAGAUCACCAUCAAAAGCCAGGAGGAGGAGAUCAGGCGGCUGAAGACGAUCCAGCAGAAGACUGUGACUGAAAGCUCCACCUCAGGCUCCACCUCAGGCUCCACCUCAGGCUCCAGCUCCAGCUCCAGGAACGUCACCAAGACCACCGUCACCAAACGGUACAGCACCCAGUACCCCAUCCUGGGGCUGCUCGGUGACCAAUACAAGUACGAGGGCCCGGUGAAGGAGUCCAGGACGGUGGUCUUCGAGAGCACGGGAACAGACUAAUAACAGGAGGCCAGCUAGCAGAAGAUUUUGAAGUUGCCCCCUCCUCCUACAUUGACCCCAUCCCCUUUCUCCCCACCCAUCCUUGGUCCAGGGCUUUUAGGGUCGUGGUGGUUCAAGACCCUAAGAUCUUUGUGGAGGUGUGCACAUCUGUGUGUAAAGUAUAUGAAGGGUUGAGGCAGUGUGUGUGUGUGUGUGUGUGCGUGUGCGUGUGCGUGUGCGUGUGCGUGUGCGUGUGCGUGUGCGUACAUGUGUGUAGUAUAUGAAGGGUUGAGGCUGUGAGUGUGUGAGUGUGUGAGUGUGUGAGUGUGUG